AAGAAUAAAAAAAGAAAAAGGCAGCAACAGGCAGGGAAGACGGAGCGUUUUUAGUUUUAGUAGAGCGAGAGUGAGAGAGAGAGAGAGAGAGUGUAGGAGUAGAAAUAUGCAGGGAGUGGUGCAUCGGAAGAGGCUUUCUGGGUGUGUCUUCACUGCUUUAUUGGAUUAUUAUUCACCAUCUCUGAUUCACACUCACACACACUCUUCUUCUACUUCUACUUCUACUUCUACUUGGUUCCAUCACUCCACCAUCACUCACACCUCCAAUACUCUGCUCUGCCCAACAAAAAGCUACCUCCUUGCCUCCCCAUGGUCCGCCUUUUUCUCCCGCGGAUUGAAAAUUGACGGUUCCACUGUAAGAGCUGGAAACGUCAUUGAAAAGAAAGAUCGUAUUUACCAGGUGCUUAAAGUAGAACAUUCGCAUGAAGGAAGAGGAAAAGCCACCAUUAAGCUGCAGCUUCGUGAUAUUGACAGCGGAAACAAGGUAACCCAAAGACUGGGUACUGAGGAGGCUGUUGAAAGAGUAUUUGUUGAGACAAAAACUUAUAUUUACAUGUGUACAGAUCGUGAUGGGAAAGUAUUAUUGAUGGACCCUGAUACACUUGAUCAGCUGGAAGUGGCAGAGAACUUCUUCGGAAAGAAUGUCAAGUAUCUACAAGAUGAAAUGAAAGUUAAAGUGGAGCUUUACAAUGGAAUACCUUUAUCUGCAUCAAUUCCGAAGCAUGUGACCUACACUGUCAAGGAAGCACAACCUCCUAUGAAGGGGAUUGCAGCAACUCCUAAGGACAAAAUUGCUGUUUUGGAUAACGGUCUCACUGUAAAAGUACCACCUCAUAUCCUAGUUGGAGAAGCUAUAAUUAUUGAUACGGAGGAUGGCUCUUAUGUUAGAAGGGUGAAGUAGUAACUAAUACGAUGGCAUUGCUUUGAAGUAGAGGGAUGGAAAAUUAUUUAUGUGCAACGUAACAUAAAGGGUUUCAACACGGAGGCCUUUUGAUGUCUGAUAAAUUUGAUUUUUUUUAUUUUUUUAUUUUUAUUUUAUUUCAUGGAAUCAUUAAGUAGAAGGCUGGAAAGUUUUGUAGAAAGACUUUACGGUAUAGAUGGUAAGAAAACAAAAACAAAGUGGCUUACGUCUAUGGUAUACUAAUGGAAAAACGUUUGCUUUUUGCCAAAUCAAUAAGCAGUUCAUUGUUUUAUUAGUGUU